AGCCAAGGGGGAAGGGGUUUGUGUAUAAGAGCUUCACAGAGAGGCUUAGUGACCUGUCCAGCUGCUGUGGGAGGGGAACUACUAAGGACUGUCAGAGAAGCCAGAAGAAGGACCGUAACAGACAGUGGAAAGCAGAAGGCAGAGCCCGGGGAAAAUUGCUGGGGGAACCAUGAAGUACAUCAGCACUCGUGGAGGUGCUGAGGGCACUGAUUUUGAAGGAGUCCUCUUUUCUGGCUAUGCCCCAGAUGGUGGCCUUUUCAUGCCCGAGGAAAUUCCUCUGCUUGAUUCUAACACGCUGCGAGCGUGGAGCACCUUCUCCUACCCACAGCUGGUGAAAGAGCUGUGUUCACUCUUCGUCUCGCCUGAACUCAUCCCCAGGCAAGAACUGAAUGACCUGAUUGACAGAGCCUUCACCAGGGUCAGACACAAAGAUGUAGUACAUCUGUCCAGGCUGAGGAAUGGCUUGAAUGUUUUGGAGCUCUGGCACGGUGUAACUUAUGCCUUUAAGGAUUUGUCCAUGUCCUGCACAGGACAGUUCUUACAGUACUUCCUGAAGAAAAGGAAGAAGCACAUCACUAUUCUAGUAGGAACUGCGGGAGACACCGGAAGCUCAGCAAUUGAAAGCGUAAGAGGGAAAAAGAAUAUGGAUAUCAUUGUCCUGUUACCCAAAGGUCUCUGCAGCCAGAUGCAAGAGUUGCAGAUGACAACAGUGAUCGAAGAGAACGUUCAUGUGUUUGCUGCUGAUGGGAAUAGCGAUGAAAUCGAUGAGCCAAUCAAAGAGCUGUUCGCCAACACAGAUUUUGCCAGAAAGCAUAACCUGAUGAGUUUGAACUCAAUCAAUUGGUCUAGGAUUAUGGUGCAGAUUGCUCACCACUUCUAUGCUUACUUUCAAUGCACUACCUCUCUGGACAUAACCCCUCUGCCAACCGUGGAGAUCAUCGUGCCAACAGGGGGUGGAGGAAACCUCACAGCUGGAUAUAUUGCAAAGAAGAUGGGACUGCCCAUCCAGCUCAUAGCUGUAGUAAACAGCAAUGACAUUAUUCACAGGGCUGUUCAGCAUGGAGACUUCUCAUUGUCGGGAAACGUUCAGUCAACUUUAGCUUCUGCAAUGGAUAUCCAGGUAUAUUGA